AUGGUUACAAUAGAAGGCGCGAUGUCUUUCUCCCAGUUUGGAUAUCCUUACAAUGCAAGUUCACAGUUUUUCGUGUCGGCAAACCCCAGUACGACUUGCUGCGAUUCGAUUUCCAGGUCGGUGCCGCCCGAAGGCUCCACCGGAGGAGCUCAGACGCCCGCAGCCGUAGCGGCGGCCGCCACAGCCGCCGCCGCAACCUUCUGCUGUCCCGCGCCUUACGAGAACCGGCUGCUGGCUGGGAGCCGCAGCGAGCUCAAUGCGGCUGCUCUGGGGGUGUACGGCUCCCCCUACGCGGCGGCGGCUGCAGCCAGCCAGAACUACGCCAACUACUUCCCCUAUGGAACCGAACCCUCCGCCGCUAUCUACUCCUCUCUGAAUCCACAGUACGACAUGAAGGAGACCGCAGGCACUUUACACUCGGGAAUCAGUCAAACGGCCGCGUACUAUCCAUACGAUUCAUCGCUGGGCCAGUAUCAAUAUGACAGAUACGGGACGAUGGAUUUUAACAGCACGGCCAGGCGGAAGAACGCCACCCGAGAGACCACCAGCACCUUGAAAACGUGGCUCUAUGAGCACCGCAAGAACCCGUACCCCACCAAGGGGGAGAAAAUCAUGCUGGCUAUCAUCACCAAGAUGACCCUCACCCAGGUUUCCACUUGGUUUGCCAACGCUCGGCGGAGGCUCAAGAAGGAGAACAAGAUGACAUGGUCGCCCAAAAACAAGGCCGGCGAUGACAAGAAGGACGACAUCAGCAAGAGCGACCAUGACUGUCUCACCAAAGAUUCAAAUGAGUGCAAGGAAGAGAAAGAGUUACAUCUAAGCGAUUUGGAGGACAUGGACGAGUGCGACAAGCUGGAUGGCGAAUGCGAAAAGGGAGUCCCGGACGAGGCUGUGGCACUUUCCAUUUCACCCCACAAAAGAGACUGCACCUCCGAGCUUCACUUGAAUGUGUCCAACAGCUUCCACCACACCUUCCCCUGCGCCAUCAAACCACCGCUCCCUCCUCUUCCUGCCGACUUCCUCGAUCCCGUGGUGUCCAAGACUCCGUCCACCACAGGAACCUUAACUCUGUCUCACUUUGAAGCGUCGGACAAGCCUCGGAUUUGGUCCUUGGCUCGUACGGCGGCGGCGGGGAUCAUUCUGAGCCCGCAGCACGCCUCCGAGCUCAGGACGAGCAACUCGAGCGGGGACUGCCAGCUCCAAAGGUUAGCGUGCGCCCCCGCUGUUCCCGGAGGACAAUGCGGGCUCAUGAGAGGCCUCCAGGAAGCAAAUAGUGUCUCCGGUGCUGUGACCCCUUUUCCUGAGGGCCCCCCUUUGCACUCAAAAAUCUAUGGCCCAGGCAGCUUCAAUCACAAAGGCCUCCAGCUGCACGGUCCGUCCUACGCUGCCCUCACAGACACAUGCCAAUAUUCCACAACUGAAGGAUUCUCCAGCGCCAAAGCAGCGGAGGCGUCGUCAGACCUCAGUCAAGCGUGUGUGAUCUUGCAGGACGACAAGGUCACUGCAUUCAGGCCUGUGAUGAAGAGGUGA